AUGUAUCGAAACAAGAUAGAUAUCCACAUGGGAGACCUGAUGUCCUCCUCCACUACACAUUACGAGGUGCAGAAAUUCCUGGGCUGUGGUACCUAUGGAGUGGUCAUCAAAUGCAGGGAUGUGACCAACAAUGAAAUGGUGGCUUUAAAAAUACCGAGAAGGAUAGAAAAAAGUCAGUUUAUGAGGAAAGAGGAGGCCACCCUUAAAACCAUGAAGGAGCUAAACUCAGACUGGUUCAACAUCGUCAGAUUGAAUGACUCAUUCACCUACAAGGGACAUUACUGUCUUGUGUUUGAGUACCUGGAAAUAGAUCUGCAGGAAUUCAUGCACUCCAGCCCAGGUCAGCACCUUCAGCUGAAGCAGAUUCGCCCUAUUCUGCAGCAGCUGGCUACAUCCUUGGACUUUCUGAAAAGGGCAGGGAUCAUCCAUUCAGAUUUGAAGCCAGAAAACAUUAUGUUGGUGGAUCCUGUCAGGCAGCCACUGAAAGUUAAAAUCAUUGACUUUGGCUUAGCCUGCAACAAUCCUGAGGAAUAUAUAGGACAGAUCUUCCAGACCUUGCGUUACAGAUCUCCUGAGAUUCUGCAGAGAGCUCCUUUCAACGAGGCCAUCGACAUAUGGUCUCUAGGCUGCAUUGUUGCUGAGCUGUCUAUGGGCAGACCGCUGUUCCCUGCCUGGAAUGAGACUGAUUUGAUGAGGCACAUUAUGCAUACAAAGCCAGAGCAUGAAAGAGACGUCACUCCAUACUGGUUCUGGCCAAAAUACUGGAUGGAAAGCAGAUUUAUGGCGACUCAUAAUCCAUUCUGGGGAGAAGACGUCCACGCUGAAUUCUGGGACCUGGAGUGCUUUAUCGAUCUACUGACACAGAUGCUGAAGAUAAAUCAGUUUGACAGAAUUACCCCAGGACAAAUUCUCCAGCAUCCUUUCAUCACGAUGAGCCACCUUAGGGGUCACUUCAAAAACAGCUUCUAUUUGAAAUCGUGUAAGGAUCUAAUGGACUUCAGGAUCAGAGCUCUGACGACGAUAUGAAGACCAGAGGAUCCUGUAAAUGUCCCUGAACGGGAGGCACAAGUGGGCAAGUGGGUCCACUAAAGUCCCAGAGGAAAAGAAAGAGGGGAGGCAGGAAAUAGACUGAACUUGCUUUUUAGAAAACAGCAGUUUAAACAAGUCUUCUGACAAGCUAAAGACUGGAAUG